UUCUUGCCAUGUAAAGUCUCCAAUACGGCUUUCGGAUGUUCUGGAAGUUGUUUAUAUCGGAGCCUGUUAAUCAGAUUCGCUUGAAUGCAGCUGUUUAUUUUUCAUUUUUCUGGGUAAACAGGGUGCUGUGAUGAAGUACCAGAAAGGGGAGGAGUUGUAGAUAAAGGAGGCGGAGUUUUACAGUCUGAUUGCUGCUUUAAGGAAAGUUGGGCUGUAGUGUUCAGUGUUCAGUGUUUAGUGUUCAGUGUUUAGUGUUCAGUGUUGAUUGCGGCUCUUUGCUGGUUCGAGUCUCUUGCUGUUGAUGUUUCUCUCCAAACAUGAGGCGCCCUGUAAUUCCUGAGAUGACGUGCGAGAGCUGCUACUCGCAGCGUCACUCAUCAUUCCUCAUGGAAGCAGCAGCAGGUUCACGUCUCCUCCUCUUCCUCCUCUUCCUCUCUCUCCUGUUCGUGUGUGUGUGAGCUGGAGCGCGACCGUCAUGGCUCACACACACCACAGCUACAGUCUCCUCAACACAGUGGUUGAGGAGCAUCGCAAGAGGAUGCUGCCCCUGCAGCAGAACUCUGCGGCGAGUGUGUUGUCCCUCAUGGAGGUCCCCAGAGAGGUGCUGCACACACUCGGGCCCCUCUCCUGGCUCCGACGCCCCAAAAUCUACAGCUUCAUCUUCGGCCUCACCGUCCUCUUCCUCAUCAUGGCCUCGUACGUGCUGAGCAGCGAGAGGAAAACCUUUCUCAUCAACUCGUCUCCGUAUCACACCGUAAACCACGGGACGCUCUUCUUUAACCUCUCCUCCACGAAAGACUCCGCCCACAUCGCUCAGGUGAUGCACCGGAUCCUCUCGAACCUGGAAUUUAUUCCCAGGAAGUUACCGGAUUCGGGAAUGCUGCUCCACAGCGAGCCACAUAUGUUCUCAGUGAUCCCCCGCCGCUUCCUGCCAGAUGUGAAGAAUCCAUGCUGGUAUGAGCAGCUGUCAAUGAACGCCAGCGUGAACCCGUACGAGAGGAACCUGUACGCUCUGUACUCGCGCCAGUCCCGCCUCACCUUCCACAUCCUGAGGAAAAACUUCUGGAAACAUCUGUUACGCCAGGACAGGAAGCUGUACCGGAUACGCUGCCUGCCGUACUUCUACAUCAUUGGGCAGCCAAAGUGCGGCACCACGGACCUGUUCGAGCGUCUCCGGCUGCACCCGGGCAUCCGGGUCAGCGCGCUUAAAGAACCACACUGGUGGACUCGCAAGAGAUUCGGUAUAAUCCGUCCCAGUGAUGGACUCCACGCUCGCUAUCCGGUGGAGGAUUAUCUGGAUCUCUUUGAUCUUCCAGCACAUCACAUUCAGUAUCAGAUGUUGGCCAACAGGACUGCAGGAGUCCAUCACGCCGACAUUAUCAUUGGUGAAGCCAGCGCCUCCACCAUGUGGGACAACAACGCUUGGUCCUAUCUCUAUGGCAACACCUCAGAGGUGGAGCCUCCCUUCCUCAUCCAGGACUUUAUCCACGCCCUUCAGCCUGAGGCCCGCUUCAUCACCAUCCUGAGGGAACCUGUCGAAAGGUUAUACUCGGACUAUCUGUACUUUGGCAUUGCCAAUAAAUCGGCAGAGGAUUUCCAUGAGAAGGUUUGGGAAUCGCUGCAGCUGUUUGAUGCGUGUCUGCAGGAGGUCAGCCUCAGAGCGUGUGUUUACAACAACACCCUGAACAAUGCCAUGCCUGUGCGUCUGCAUGUAGGUGUGUAUGUGGUGUACGUGCUGGACUGGCUGUCGGUGUUUCGUCGUGAUCAGCUGUUGGUGUUGAGGCUGGAGGAUCACGCAGCAGACAAGAGAGUGUCCAUGAACAGAGUGUUCCGUUUCCUCCAGCUGGGUCCUCUCUCCGAGCAGAAGGAGGUGGAGAUUACGGAGCGUCCAGCAUCGAACACUCGCAGGUUGGCUGAUAAGAACCUGGGCCCGAUGCUGCCUCUCACACGCCGCAUCCUCACAGGGUUCUACUCUCCCUUCAACAGGAAACUGGCCAACGUGCUGCACGACAACGCCUUCCUGUGGGACAAGCACUCAAAACACACUUAACACACACACACUUAACAUACACACAUAGACACACACACACCAAAACCAGUCGUGCACUAUCACUAAUCCCUGAGAGACUAACCCUGAUGGGAAAUCAGCAUGUAAAUAAAAUUAUUUUCUUAAAUUAUGGGAUUUCAGUCAAACAUAAAGCACAUGGCCUUCAUAUCAACUUUUUAAAGAACGGGAUGAUUUUUAUAUCUAUUAUGUCUGUAAAUAAAGUACAGUAGAGGGAUAAAA